UCGAUAACAGUUGCUGAAAUAGAAAGAUGGAUUAGUUUACCAUCCUUGAAUAUCAUAAUAAUAACAUUCCAUUUUAAAAAAUCAAACAAUUCCUAAAAAUGAAGGAGAAAAUGAGGCGGAACUUUUGGAUUUCUCCCGAAAUUGAGUGUAUGUUAAACUUGCUACGCGAAGUUUACAAAAUACAAGGCAACACAGCAACAACAAAUUAUACCUUCAUACAAAUCGCUAACAGGAUGAAGAAACGAGGAUUCCCCAAUAAGACAGCUGCACAAAUACGACGAAAGUGGUUCCAAAUGAAAUCUGCUUAUUUAUGCUAUAAACGCGGAAAUGUGGAAAGAUUGCUUUUAAUACCUGAGAGAUUUCGAACAACAAUAGCAGAAUUUGUGGACACUGAAAUAAAACCAAAAUACCGGGACUUAUCGCCGUCACCGGAAAUCGUGCCACCAACACCCCCGCCUCCACCGGAACCAGCACCUGUGCAAACUCCAAAACCUACCAUCAAUACUAAUUCCAAUAGUAAAAUAAGAGAACCAACAAACUCGACAAAACCACCUUUAAACGCUGGUAAAGCUAUUCGCAGAGAUUGUAGAUUUGAUGAUUUUCUCAUGCGAGUAAAGCAGACACAUAAAAUUAUCAGCAAUGAUUUUACGAAUAUGCAGAAAAUUUUAAUGGAUUUUGAACAUGCUUGUCAAGCCGAAAGAGAUGCUAAGAUCGUGACAUUUAUUAAAAAUAUAAAGUAUGAUUUCUAAUUAACAUAUUAAGAAAGAAAGAAUCUAACUUAAUACUUU